AACCAAAUACACUUCCACCAUUUUCCUGGAGUUUAAAGAUGAAUGAAGUCGUGAAGCUCGGUCCGUGUAAUUUCACCUAGGAAUCGAAACGUACUCCCAUGGCAAAGAAGUGUACAAGCAAUGGUGAUAUCGUGAAUAUUGUUUCGUUCUAGAAUCUAAAACGGUAGUGCGUGCUUUUCGUGACGUUUUGUGUUUUUUUGCGUGUGGCGUUGUGUGCUGGGUAUAGAAGUCAUUCAACCUGAAACAAAAUCGAUGCAUCGUCGCUAUACCUCCGCCGUUGCCGUCGCGUUGUGCAAUUUUUUUUUGUUACAAUCGGCGUGUUGUGUGUGAUGUGAAAGGUCUAACGAAAAUGAUGGCAAAUUCUGCUCCUAGCUGUGCUAAAAAAUGCUCUCCACCCUUAUGGAUGUGUCACGGGGAAACAAGUGCGAUAAAUUAAGUUUCGGUAAAUUCAUUCCAUUCACCUGUGCCUACAAUUAGUGCCGAGUGCAUUCCAUACAUGUACGCGAUUGUGUUAGUGUGUAAUGCGUUUUUCGCCUUUUGAGCCGUUUUUGUUACAAAGAAAGCGAAACGUUCGUUGCGGGGAAUAUCUUUUAACGUGGUGAAACAAACAACGGCAGAAACAAAAUCAGUAGUGACCGACAUAUUUGCGUGAACCGGACGACAAAUUCCCUGCUGCCGCGAACGGACGCAGUACGGUCAGCGAGAACAAGCGAGAGAACGGGAGGCAAGAGCGCUAAAUAGCUAACUGUAAGGGCCGGUUUUUUUCCCCAUUUGUUUCGUCCGUCGUCACCAACACCAGUGUACGUGCCUGGGAAAGCGUCGUUCGUAUGCGCACCGGGAAGAAAGAACGGAACGUGGUGUGUUGCGUUGUCGCUACGCAAGAAAAAAUUAAUCGUCCCCAUCAGCGUUCAAAAUAGUGAAAAAUCGGAAGCGGAUGUUUUGUUUCUGUUUAUGUUAAACGAAUUGUGACUGUUUCUGAUCAUUUUGAUACAUUUUAAUAACUUGAAGUUCCGCUUAAAACCGGAAGAGCACGGUUUGUAGAUUGCCUAGCAAUCUAAAGGUGGCAGGUGAAUAAAGGUGAUAGCACAAUAAUACAUUUGCCAAUGAAGGCAGUAGCAGUAGCGCCAACAUCACAAUCGUUUCGAUGGGCACGAUGAUGGAAACGGAAUCGGUUAAGUCGGAACCGGGUAGCAAAAGUAGACGAUCACGUACAUCGCAAAAUCACCACCAGCAGCAGCAGCAACAGCAGCACAGCACACUUGGAUCGCAUCGAACGCGCCAUUCGCAUCGAAACAGCAGCAAUAAUCAUUCCCGCAGCGGCAACAACAAGCGUCCCGAUAUGGCACCGUUCCAGACGAGCGUCAAUCUGGGCGACGAUGGCCGGGAUGGGCAGGAGAUCAUCGAGGUGUCGAUCCUGCCGCAGGAUGAAACGUGGGGCGACAACACGACCGCCAUCACGGGCAACACGUCCGAGCAGAGCAUCUCGAUGGAGGACGUCAGCUACUUCCAGAUGGCGGAUGAUCGUGGCGUCGGGUUCGCCUGCCAACGCUACCUCGAGCGCGGAUUGGCCGUGCUGCUGUGUGCGGUCGCAUUCGUCGGCCCGCUGGCCAUGGUUGUACUGCCGCGGCUUGGCUUUUUCCCGUCCGCGUUCGAGAGUUUGGACCUGACGCAGAACGAGCGCGUGCGCCUGCUGGCAUGCAAUGCGGAGUGCAAAGGUAUGCUGGUAUCGCUGGCCGCCAGAUUGCUGCUGUUGGCGAUCGGGCUUUGGGCGCUGUUUCUCCGCCAGCCGUCCGCUAUCAUGCCGCGCAUCUUUCUGUUCCGAUCGUGCGCAUUGCUGCUCGUGCUGAUCUCUUCCUUCGCCUACUGGCUGUUCUACAUCGUGCAGGUGACUGAGGGUGCCCGGGCGAUCGUAUCCGGUUCGUCGGUUGUCGACUACAAAACGUUGGUAGCGUACGCUACCAGCUACUGCGAUACGCUGCUGUUUGUGCAUUAUGUGGCGGUGGUGCUGCUGGAGAUUCGUCACCUACAGCCGUUGUACCACGUGAAGGUGAUACGCAGCCCAGACGGAGAAUCGCACAGCUACAGCAUCGGGCAGCUCAGCAUCCAGCGGGCCGCGGUAUGGGUGCUGCAGCGUUACUACACCGAGUUCAGUAUCUACAAUCCGUACCUCGAGCGGUUACCGGUCUCGAAAGCGCAGCGAAAGGCGGCCGCCGUAUCCUCGUUCAAGUACUACGAUGUGGACGGUGCAACGCCCGCACAGCAGCAGAGUCAAUCGCGUGCCGUUCUGGCCGCUCAUGCUCGGCGCCGUGAUUCGUCCCACAACGAACGGUUCUACGAGGAGCACGAGUACGAGCGACGGGUGAAAAAGCGCCGUGCCCGGCUUGUCACCGCGGCCGAGGAAGCGUUUACGCACAUCAAGCGUAUGCAGCAACCAUCUUCACCGCAGCAGCACGAUCAACAAGGCGAUGGUGGAACCGCACCGCCGGCCAUACCGCUCGAUCCACAGGAAGCGGCCCAAGCAAUCUUUCCCUCGAUGGCGCGGGCACUGCAGAAGUAUCUGCGCGUCACCCGGCAGCAACCGCGCCACACGGUCGAAUCGAUCCUGAAGCAUCUGGGCCACUGUCUCAAGCACGACAUGUCACCGCGUGCCUUCCUGGAACCGUAUCUCGUCGAGGCGCCGGUACUGCAGAACGAUAAGGAGCGUCGCACCAACCACAACUGGUCGCUGAUCUGUGACGAGCUGCUGUCCCGGCCGCUCUCCGACGGCUGCACCUUCCAGCUGAUCCAGAACGACGUUUCGCUGACGGUAUCGAUUCACCGGAUACCGCACUUUACCGUCAGCGAGGAGGUGGUCGAUCCGAAGUCCAACAAGUUCGUGUUAAAGCUUAACUCUGAGACGAGCGUGUGACCGGUGGCGGCGAUGCGUGGGGUACGGAAUCGCACCGGCAAGCCAGUACCGAAUGCUGGUGAUGGUGGUGAGCAGCGGCGGGCUGAAAUUUUGCAUCAACUGAAUCAUCUACUCAUUACCGAAGAAAGAGUCAGAUGAAAAGACAGACCCCCUGAAGGGAUACGGUUCUUCGCCACCCAGGGUGGCUAAUGACGACACAAGACUGUCUUUUGUCUUUGGCACAAGGGUUUUACGCGUUUAAUGAAGAUACAUUGGACGAGUAAGGUAAUUCUUCGGGAACGCAUUAUAUAAAAGAACCGAUCGAUUAGAUUCAACCAUCCGGUCGAACGAAAGUACAACCCCGUACGAGAGGGAGAACGGUUGUUGUGUCCCAAAGGCUUUAAUUCGUUUUUGAUCGUGAUCUUUUAUUUCUUAUUUGGUCGGAGAAUGGGCAAGUAUUGUAAAAGCAGCAAACGAAACCGUUUUUAAGCUGCUAGUGUUUAUUGGAAAACAAUCGAGAAUUCCUCGGAUGGGGAUCUCAUCAGGCCAACGGCAGACUUUCCCACUGGGGCACAUAGUUCUUUUGUCGUUAAACGAUCUUCCUCUACACAGUUUUCCGACGUUUAAUUGCCGGGACGUUCGGAAACGGACGCUGCCUAGCCGUUCCGAGAUUGAUACCCGCAAAUCAUCUUCCCACCGGUCGGAGUGGUGGAUGCUUUUCACCAUUUUUUUUCGGCCGUUUCCAUUCAAUUCAGGCGUAACUGAGAAGAAACACGCAGGUGUAUCUUCACGAAAGCCCGAACAGUUUGGAUGGACUUUGCUUUCCUCAUUUGGAGCGUUGAUCGAAUCAAACGAAUGACAACCGGAACGGAUCGAAUUUGUAGCUUACCCCGUAGUUUCAACGAACGGAACUCGAAUCGUGAAUCGUGACCGCGUAAAGGAAGAAGCUACGAAUCAUCCGGUACGAAACCUGCAUUACGUUACGAUCGAUCGAGUGUGGAAAUUUGCAGAUACGAGAUCUCUUGUACCAUCAAUCACGGUACAUUGUGGAAUGUUUCAGUUUUGUGAGAUUUUUUCAUGGUAUUUCAACGCAUUGAAGUAACACAGAACUGUGGAUUUGUCUCUAGUGGAUCCAACUAAUGUAACUAGAUUCCAAUUGGUUAGAUAUUUUAAAAUUAUUGUGGAUACUUUUACACAGAAUCCUUGAUCCUAGAGAAUUCAAUCAUAGGAUAUCUCAGACUGAAAUCCUAGCCCAAUUUAUAGAUAAGAUCUCAUCUGGGCAAUCCUUGAUUAUACGCAAAGACAUAGUUGUGUUCAAGGCAAUGAAGGCAACAAAGGGCCCAAAUAGAUCAGCAACAUCUUGUAGGUGAAUUUCUGGAUUCAUGUUGCAGUUUUGUGAGAUAUUAUACAAAGAAUCUGAUAUUCGAUCGUUUCACUUCCACCGAUAGUGCCAUGUAGACAUGGGACAAACGAUUCUUUUAAAGGAUUGAGUGCGGUCCAGUUCGAUCAGUGUUGUGAAGUGAAUGCGUACGGCAGUUCUUCUGCACGUCGUCCGUGAGGCGGUGUUGAUCAUACAGUUGUUUGACUACACAUGUGAAGUAGUAAUGGGUAAA